AUGGAAGAAAGUGAAGAGUUGCGAUCGAUUCUGCCAUUUCUUCCUCUGCUCGCGCGUUCUUCUUCUCUGUUUUGGCCCUCCCAAGCGGUGGAAACGCUCAGAGAACUCGGAGGAGGCCGAGUUGACUCGGGCCACCACUUGUUCCGAUCCAUUUCUCUCCUCAGAAACGCUCUUUCUCUCUCUUCCCAACCCUUAUCCCCUUCCACUUCGCUUGGAUACGCCCUUUUCUUCGACGAGCUUAUGUCUGGAGAGGAAUCUAGGAAGUGGUUUCAGGAGGUGAUUCCCGCAUUGGCCAAUUUGCUCUUGAGAUUGCCCUCUUUGCUGGAAGCACACUAUCAAAACCCUCGUAAUGCUAUGCUCACAACAACUGCUCUUCGCUUAUUGGAUUCACAGCAACCGGGGAUAGUCUUCCUUAGCCAGGCAGCCACCGUUUGCAUGACUAAGGCUGCUUCUACUGGCUUGCCUUUUUAUUUUGUGGUACUUGAUUGUGACAUGCUUGCUGGUGAUGGUUAUCUCAAUGGUAGACAUGUGAAGCAUCUUCCUAUGAUCAACUUUGAUGAAUUGUUUGCAUUUGAGGUUCACAGUGUGGGGCUCAUAGAAGAUCAAUCAAGUGAAGCUGUUGAAGUCGAUUUUGCAAAUAAAUAUCUUGGGGGAGGUGCUCUUGGUAGGGGGUGUGUACAGGAGGAAAUCCGCUUCAUGGUCAGUCCAGAAUUGAUUGCUGGCAUGCUUUUCUUGCCAGCCAUGGCAGAUAAUGAGGCUAUAGAAAUUGUUGGUGUGGAAAGAUUCUCAAGUUAUAAAGGGUACGCAUCAUCAUUUCGAUUUUCUGGUGAUUAUGUGGAUCAAAGGAAAGUAGACACUCUUGGAAGACGGAAAACCAGGAUUGUUGCAAUCGAUGCAUUAUGUAGCCCAGGGAGGAGACAAUACAGGGCAAAUUUUCUCCUCCGGUCUUUUGAUGCUGCCACCUCAACAUCAAUGGAAACAAGUGAAGGAAAAUUUCCAAACCACAAAAUUACAAAUUCUCAAAUCGAUUACCAUAGGAUGGAUCAGGGAAAUAUUAUUGGGGUUGCAACUGGAAACUGGGGAUGUGGUGCCUUUGGUGGAGAUCCUGUAGUAAAGACCAUAAUUCAGUGGCUUGCAGCAUCUCAGGCUCUAAGACCUUUCAUAGCAUAUUACACAUUUGGGUUGGAGGCAUUACAGAGCCUAGAUGAGGUUGCUCAUUGGAUUUUGUCACAGAGAUGGACAGUUGGGGACCUAUGGAACAUGUUAGUUGAGUACUCAACAAAUAGAUCGAAAGGAGAAACUCAUGUCGGUUUCCUUCAAUGGCUACUGCCAUCAAUACAUGGCCAUGGUACUGGGAUGGAUUUGUCAAAUCUGGCUUAA